CCCUUUUUUUCCUCUUUAAUUCAACCUCUAUUAUCGAUUCACAAACGAUGAACGACGAUAAUCGAUUUUCUUUCCCAAGGUAUUGCCCUUCACGCGACGCAUAUUUUUCCAUCGAGCAACGAGGAGGAUAUAAUAACGCGUUCCUCUUUAAUGGGGCAAUGCCGGGGAAAAUGGCGUUCGAUCGUCUGGCGUGCUUGGCCGUUUUUUCAAGAAUUAUUCAGGCCACCUGGCUCUGAUUAGAUGUUCAAGGUGUUUCUUCGCCUCUCUUUCUAUCUGUUUUCGGUGAUGGAAUUUAAUGCUUCGGCCGUUGCCAAAUGUGCGGCACAAAGUGAAUCACGGUACGCUUAGGUAUAUACCGAUUGUUACGAAAUCGCGUGUUCGUUGCUCGAAAUACUUAGAUUCGACUCUGUUGUAACGCCUAACAAUUUGUUCGAACGAAGAUCUUGAGCGAUUCCCCAACGCUUGUCUCAUACUUAACUUUUCUCAACUUGAGAUAUCCUAUCUACUAUCUACUUUUCUUUUUUUACUCUUCUAAACGAGAGAAUCGGAGAGAACGCAUUCUAUAUAUCCGUACAGAAACGAGGAAAGUUACUGUCAAAGAAGAAUUGUAAAAAUUCCUCUUUUCGACCCGCCGGCGAUCUCGGAGCAUUAACACGUGCGCGGAUCCUCGUUUCCGGUCUGCCGCGAAUCGACCGCGGCAAACCUGGUCGAUCGAAUCAUCCUUGGCUCACGUAGGCGAGACAAUGCGUCCGCGCGAUAAUGGUAAAACGUGUACGGGAGGCGUUUCGAACGGAUCGGGCGGGAGAUGCCAAAAAUCGUCCACAUCGGUUGACUGACUCAUCGUGGCCGUGUACGAGAGUAUUCGAAAGCGCGCGGUGCUAGUCAUCCCGGGUAUUUGGAGAUGCUGGGUGGCUCAGGUGGUUGCGUGGCGGCCCGAAAUAGAGGUGGUCGCCCGCGCAAAACCGCGUCGAGUCGGGCCGCGAAUAGUGCGCGCCCACCGCCUUCCCGCGGUAAUUUUAGAACGUUUUGUUUUCGUGCCAGAAUGCCGUGGCGACCGGCACGCCGCACGCACACGCGACCGCGUGCUGCCUCUUGCGCGCCUCCGCGAGCGAGAGAUUACGUUCCGCGCGUCCGCUUCGUCGCUUAGCGCCGAGAUCGAUGCACGCGCUACGCCCACGCCAUGCAACGAUCCUGGAGGAAGUCGCCGAGAUUCCGUGGGGGUGUGCUUCGUUUCGAGAAACGUUCCGUCGAUCUGUCGUUGUUCGGCGCGAGAGGAUCUUUACUUCGUUGGGAAAUGAUUUCUUUUUUUUUGUUUUCUUCGCUUUUUAUCAGACGUUUGAGAGUUGGAAGAGUUGGUUGGUGGAAUUUUGAUAAUCAGUUUUGAUAGUCAGGUUCGUGAUCGUAAGGUGCAAAAUGGGGAGGGGAGAAUUGGAAGAUGGAAGGAGAGGAGGAGAGAAAUGAAUUUCUGUAUUCUGGCAGGUAACUAGCGCGCGAAACGAUCUUCUUGGCUCGAGUGUACGAGAAUAUUCAGUUGGAUAAGCGAUUUGGGUUUCGGCUCGGACGAAAAUUCGAAAACGCGGACAGUAGCGAAUCGACGGUCAACGCAACGAGUUAAACGCGCUCGAGCGGCUUUUGAUAAAGUUAUAUAUGGCACUGACUCGUUAUAAUAUCGUGCAACCUGUCUCCGCGACUGUCUCAAGCAUCGAUAUGGAACGCGAAUAUGUUUCGAGAAAAUGUAUCUCGCGAUAAUGUCAGCGUGGUCGUUUCACCGCGCGAUAAAAUCGACAACACUCGUCGAACAACACCGUGAAUAAUUUCGACAAAUUUCGGAUCGAAAUUGGGGAAAGGAAUGUUAAAAGGGAUGGGAGGACUCUCGAAUCUAUCCGGUUACGAGUAACCAGAUUUUAUCUUGAAAGUCGGUGGCAGCUCGGCGAGUGAACUCGCGAUGCCCGAUAAAUGCUCUUCCGUCGUGUCGAAUCGCUUCCGUUUACGCGUCACAAUUUCCACGCGCGCGUGCUGAUGCGAGGUCCCGUGCUCGUAAAAAAAAAAUACGAGGCGGGGAUCAAAAUCGACGGUGGAAGAAGGGAAUGGAAAAGAGAAAUCGAGAAAGAUGGAAAGAGCAGAGGGAACGAAGUUGACGCGGCAAUCUCGUGGCAAGUGAUAGCCAAAUCGAGAAACACGGCUCGUUUUUAUACCGAUCCCCUCCUCCUCCUCCUCCUUCUCUCCCUCUCCUCCUUGCCUCUUGCCACGCGUGUCUUUUAGCGGCAAGGGAUCGACAAUGGUAAAUGCAACGGCCUUUUUUAGUAACCGCGUUUAACGCGGUCGUUCGUUCGAGCCGUUUUCCUCGAGCGCUUUAUCCAACUGUGCGCUUCGAGUUGCACGAGAGGAGGGAAGAGAAAUUGAAGAGCGAGGAAGAAAUCGAGAGAACAAACGCUGGAAGGAGAGUGAGACGCGCGUAAAUACGUUGGCGACGAGGGAAAGAAAAGCUCGAGGAGGAAAGGGGGAAAGUAAACGGAGGAAAAGGUGGUGGGGAGGAGGAGAGAAGGAGAGAAGAAGAGAGGGACAAGCGGAGGCGGGCGAAGUGGAAAAGAGAAAGAGACGGCGAAUGGUCGCGUGGCCGUGCGUGGCCCCAAAUAGGGCAUCAGGUGGUUGCACGACGCCCGCGAGAAAAAGAUCGUUUGCGCGUGCGCAGACGCGCGUGUGCCUCUCGUAACCGGGCACACGCACGCACGUACACGCGCGCGUACAGGCAGAGCGGCACGCGCGCGCUCUUACAGGUGGUGGCAACCGGCGCACAGGAAAUUGCUCCUUUGCCCGUGGUAGACCCGGGCCGGAACUUCGUCGAACCGCCGCCGCCGCCGUUCACCCGGAUUAUUUGCCGGAGCGAUCGAACACCGCUUUCAAACAGAUUCGACACGUGCAUCGAGAGAGUAAUCUCUCCCUCACCUGUUGCGCGCCUGUUUUCGACCCGCUUCCUUCGCUCCGCUCCAAUUCCGAUCGUUCAACAAUCGUUGGAGAGAUCUAUCUCUCCAAGCGAGAUACGUGCUAGGUUUGACGUGUUAUUAUCGCGAAUAACGAUAAAUAAGAUGUUAAAUUAAAAAUAACCUCGCCUCGUUUCGUCGCAUCGAUACGUGAGACGAUUAGGCGACGUUGUAAUUUAUCUGCAAUUAAUGGUAACUUGUGGCACGAAAUCUAACAUACUUUAACACAUUUGAAUAAUUUAUAAUGCUGUCGCGGCGAAAUAACUCGGCGGACUCGAGGAUAGCAAGUUGCGAUAGUAACUAAUGGAAAGCUUCAUCCCUAAGCGGACCCUCGAUUCGAUCGAUAAACGACGUUCGGCGAGAAAGGGAGUACACCGGUAGUAACCUCAAGCUCUCGAAACGACGAUAAACCGACGUCUGUCACUGAGAGAGAGGCGUCGGUACGCCGGCGCCGUUCGCGUCAGCAACCACGAGCUUACGCAGGCAAGUAGAACGACGAGGGGCGGUGGACAGAGUCCCGCAUUCGUUACAUUACAUUAUACGCCGCGACACAAAGAAACGACUCAAGAAACUCUUUCUCCCUUCCUCGACCAUAGAAGACGCAGUACAGCUCGUUUCUCCUUCGUAACAAACGUUCGAAGAAUAUACGAUACGAGUUGAAAUUGAAAAUGCGGAUAAAAGACGAAGAAAACGGAAGGAAAUCACGACGAGCAACUGCAUUUAAUUACGCGGUUUGAAAAAACGCGUGUUUACAAAACUCGCUCGGACUUUCCCUCUUCCCCUUUUCCCAACGUGGAUUCCUCCCCUUUAAAUCCCUCGAACACACUUCGGAACGCGCUGUUCGUCGCGAAGGGAGAUGAGCGCGCGCGCCUCGUCUACGUCACGCCGGUCUACGUCACUGGAGAACCGUGGAGCGGAGGGGACACUGUUGGGCGGGGGAGGGAGAGGGGGGGCGGCGAGCGAGAAUGGAGGGGAGCUAGGGGAAGGUAGGAGCGCGCGAAGGGUGGCGUGGUGGGGGCAAAGAUGCCUGCGAGCAGUGGCUCGCAGUGACGACGUGCAAGCCGCGUGGUGGGGGUAGCGGCGCGUGUGUACGUACACACAUACGCGGCCGGCUAUAUACGCGGCACGGACACAGCCGCGCGUUGAUAGGGGACCGCAGAGCGGGGAUUGGCUGGCAGUCGACUCGCCGCUUCCAAAUAUGGGACAGUCUCCGCGGUCCAUUCAUAAAACUACGGGGCGCGCCGUCGCUCGGCUCAGUUCGUGCGCGACCCCCACGCAUCGCGCGUCCUCCGGCAAUCCGAGCGCGCGAUCUGCUUCCUCCGACACGCACACCUAUACCGCGGAGAGGUACACGAUAUCUCUCUACCGAGGCGCACGAUAAACUAUACGCGAAGGAGAUAGAAAGAGAGACGGAAAGAGCGAGGGAGAGAGAGAGAGAGAGAGAAAGAGAGAGGGAGAGAGAGCGAGGAGGCGGUGAAGAAAGGAAGGGACGGAGGACUCACGGAACGACAAAUAGGCGCGCGGUCGCGCGCGCCUGCACCUACGCGACGACACGCGCGCGCGCGCGCGCGCGAAAUCAUCGUCGCGUACACACCAGGAUUCGCGAGUGAAAGAAGCACGGAGCAUCUUUGAUAUAAUUACGAACGCGGAGAGCUCGGAGAACCGGUAUCUCGAGAACGUCUCGAGCGAGAGGGGAGAAAGAAAAAAAGAAAAACGGCGCGGAAGAGGGUGAUCAUCGACGCGAUUUGGAAGAGGAGGCACCGGUACCGCGUUUCAUCCCUCGACGCCGGCCCGGAUCCGCAUAGCCGCGUGUCCUCGUUCGUUUGGUGGCGCGCGGGCGCGCUCGAGAACGGAAACGAGAAACUUUGGCCAACGUCGAUCCGUGGUGCGAUCGGAGCGAGGAUCGGCCGCGAUCCGGCGAUAUUGGAUUUUUCGAGAGUCCGCGCGUAUAACUGGGUGGUGGUGGUAGUGGUUUGUGGUUGGUGGUGGUUGUGCGCGCGCGGUGGUGUGUAGUAUCCAGCCGCCGCGGCGACAGAUCGCAGGCGUGCGCGCUCGCUCGCGAGAGAGAGUGGGAUCUCGGAGGUGGAAGAGAGAGGGAAAGAAAAGGAAGGACAGAGAGGCGAGCGAUCGAGACACGGUUUUUGCCGCCCGGCGUCCGCUCCCUCGUGUGUAUACCUCGCUGAGAAAGAGAGACUCGGCGCGUGCCGCGAGACGGAUAAAAAAGGGGGAGCGCGUGCUACGUCCGCUUGACUACUAACCCAGUGACUCGAGCUAUACAGGAGGGAAGGAAGGACAGAUAUACGACCGAUCCGAACGGACUUGACGUUUCUCUUCAACUCUCGUGUGCGAACGGAGUUCGUCUCCCGUGUGUUCCACCACCCGUCUAAACAUCGGUGUUUCACGGAGAACGCACGGAGAACGCGAACCAAGGAUAACGCUGUUAUUUAGACCGAUACUAAAAAAAAAAAAAAAAAAAGUAAUAAUAAUAAUAAUAAUAAUAAUAAUAAUAAAAAUAAAAGAUAAGGAAUAAAAAAUAAGAAAGGACGGAUAAAGGCUAACCCGUGGUAGAGCUUGUAUACCGGUGGGAGAGAGAAAGAGGCUUAACUGUGUCGGGGCGACCGAGGAAGGACAACAUUUUAACCAUAAUAAUAGCGUUGAACGAUACAACCGCAGGCGAGGACACGCAGUGCGGUACCGAGGAGAUUGUCGCCGCCAGCCAGGGAGGCGACCAACUCCAGAGGAUGACGAUGGACGGCAUGGAAGUGGUGGGCUCGCAACCCCACGCGGCCACCAGCCCGUUCUUGCUCUCACCGCCACCCCUUGGACAUCACCAUCAUCAUCAUCAUCAUCCUCACGCCACCUUCAAUCUGCAAACGGUGCAACUCAGUUUCGACGCGUGUCUACCGUACAACUCGGCGACAUCCUCGAAUUCGAUCGUAUGCGGCGUUGGCGGCACGUCAACACCGGCCGCCACCACUUGCACCUCGUCCACCAGCUGCAACAAGACGAUACCGAGCCUGUCGCUGGCCCCUUGUGCACCCUUGCAAGCCCAGCAUCAAAACAGCGCCGAUACCACGGAUCAUCAUGGCCGGCAUCAUCAACACCACCAUCAACGGCUCAACGAUCAUCAACAUCACCGGCACGUCGACGCUUCCUCACCUUCGACCGACUCGACCGACGGGAAACGACGUUUGCAGUCCGUCAACGAGGAGAAGGACUGCUCCAGGGAGUGCAGAGACGAUCUUCAGGAGUCUAACGAUAAGGAUAAAACAGGUGACCUAAACACGCCGGUUACCACCAGCAGCGAUUUACCGUCCUUCUUCGGCCCCUCCGCGCUCGUCGAGCCACCUCCUAUUUCAGGCAGCCUGGCGGGCGAAGACCUAUCCCUGGAAGAGGCGACCGCGGAGGACGAUGAAACGGGCACCUCGACGGGCAGGGAUCAUCGACACCAUCAUCACCAAGAGUCUCAAGAUCAAGGAACGCCUGGCGCCCCUCCCUCCGCUAGUCCACCGCGUCAUCAUCAAGCUCAAGACGACGCGGAUCGUUGCAACGUGUUGCAAGGCGGCGUGAUCCUCUACUCGCCCCAUUCCACCUCCUCGGUGUCCUCGGCGCCCGCCUCCAGCGUCAACAUCUGCAACGUGCCCACGUUGACCUACCACGGGGUCUUCACCACCACCUGCACCCAAUCCUCGCCCCUCAACGCCCAGAAUCAACAGCAGCCGCCCCAACAGCAGCAGCAGCAGCAGCAGCAGCAACAACCGACCAGCCAGGAGCUCUGGGGUCCGUUGACCUCCCCCACUUUGACCUUGACGAACCCACCGUUCCUCCACUCGGCGCUUCACUCGGCCCCGUACGGUGGCGAGACCGUCGAACUUCUGCCCGUCGAGUCGAAGCCACCCCCGCCACCAGGUUACCAUGACACGCCGACCACGACCCAGGCCGCGUGGUUGACCACGCACGAGGAUCCUUACGAUCCGAAUCUCCUGUCCCACCAUCAUCCCCAUCACCACCGUCAAGAGGCCGCGUUGAAGCAAGAGCCUACCGGGGCGAGCGGUUACGGGCCGGCUGUUCAACAGCAGCAGCAGCAGCAGCAGCAGCAACAGCAACAGCAGCAGCAACCCCAGCCGAGCCAACAGCAGCAGCAGCAACAACCACCACCACCCUCGGCAGGUACAACGGGCGUCCAGCUGGCCGAGUACAAUCCAAGCACGUCGAAGGGACACGAGAUUCUCUCGCAAGUUUACCAGCAGAGCCCUCUGCCGCUCAGGCUGGUCCCGGUGAAGCCGCGCAAGUACCCGAAUCGACCGAGCAAAACGCCGGUGCACGAGCGGCCGUACGCUUGCCCCGUGGACGGUUGCGACCGCAGGUUCUCCCGUAGCGACGAGCUCACCCGGCACAUCCGUAUCCACACAGGCCAGAAACCGUUCCAGUGUCGCAUCUGCAUGCGCUCGUUCUCGAGGAGCGACCAUCUCACCACCCACGUGAGAACGCACACGGGCGAGAAACCGUUCUGCUGUGAUCAAUGCGGCCGAAAGUUCGCGAGGAGCGACGAGAAGAAGCGGCACGCCAAAGUCCACCUGAAGCAGAGGCUGAAGCGCGAGGCCACCCACGCCUCGGCGAGAAAUCACCCUCAGAGCCACGCUUCGCCUCCUUGCAACCAGUAAUCGUGUCGUCGUCGUCGUCGUCGUCGUCGUCGUCGUCGUCGUCGUCGUCGAGGAUACUUUUGCCGAUACCGUCGAUCUCCACGCUCAUUCCUUCGAAACCUUGCCAGUCGUACUCGACGACGCUGCUUUCACAUCUUGCCGGGCGACGAGGAAACGACGGAGACCUUUAGGCGGAAGACACACGGGCUGCCGUCACCGACUGAUCCGUCAUCGAUCGUCUCUGGCACGCAAGCGAUCGCCGAGUACCAUCACCACCGAGGAUUGCCCUCAAAUUGGCCAAAUCGAGACGGCAUUUUCGACGGUAUAUAUGUAUAUAUAUGUAUAUAUGUAUAUGUAUAUAUAUAUAUACAUAUAUAUAUAUAUAACGACGCGUGAUACCGAGAUUAGUCUCGGAUAAUAGUACGUAAGAAUCACUAAUCGCGAAGGAUUUUUCGUAAAAUCCUUGUAAAUAACUGUGGAUAUAAUUUUUAACCGGGAUAAAUUGAACACGUAUAUAUAUUGAAAACGACGCGUCCGUGUAACGGUGUCGUCGUUCCCUACGAAGGGUUGUUCGCGUUCCAGAGAAUCUUUCUUAUGUGAUCUCCGCUCUUCCGUUAGGGAACGAUCGACCGGCGAACGCGAAAUCGAGCGGUAUAUUGUCGCCUCUACUCUCACGUUUUUCCAUCGGGAUCUUAUUUCGUCUCGUUUCUUUCUCUCCCGCUUCCUAUUUUGCCUAAGGUAAUAGCGUUACACGAGAGAGAGAGAGAGAGAGAGAGAGAGAGAGAGAGAGAGAGAGAGAGAGAGAGAAAGAGAUUGACUAGUUGCAUUUAGCUCGGAGGAACGAAUACGGGCGAAAAUUCUAGCUUUAUCGAGGUAGCGUAAGGUACUGUUAGGUUGUUUUCUCGGCGACGACGGUCGGUAUCAGUCCUCGACAACGGUGAUGUUUUUAGCGGUAAACGGGAAGAACGGGAGAGAAAGGGAGAGAGAGGAUGAAGGCGAGGAGAAGAUAUUCGAAGCGAGGCGACGCGUUGGAGAUUGUUAUUUACGGCGGUCGCGUUUUAUGCCUCUGUUUGCGAUCGGGAACGAGAUGCAGAUGCGAAAAUCGGCGUUAACCGAGAGAGCCCGCGUAGAUACACGCGCGAAAUAUGCCCGGUGUCACGAAAUAUUCUCGAACGAAUCACGGUAGGAUCGAUACCGCCCGCAGCUUCCGGGAAUCAGGCAGGAAUUCGCCGAAGGAGAAGGAGAGAACGAAGCGAGAAAGAACGAAAUGAAACGAAACGGCGCUCGCACGCUCUCGAUCGCAUGCAAACGAGCGCGUGAGAAGAAAAGAAAAAAGAAAAGAAAGAAAAGAAAAGAGAAAAGAAAAAAAUCCCGAGCGCGCUUCUUGAAACGAUCACGGGAGGGAAUCGCGGGUAUCGACGAAUUUUUCCAACUCUCUCAUCCAUCGAAACCGGUCGAUGUCUCUCUUUUAGCCGAAUAUCAUACGAUUUUCGGUCCGUGAUCAUCCGAUUCCAGACGCUGUUUUUGAAACGUCGACGUGUAUGUAUGUAUUUUCUAACUAUUUUUAUAAAUCGUGACACGAAAAGAUGAAAAAAAAAAAAAACGUAGUUCGAUAUCGCUCGCGUAACGAUGAGAGAGAGUCGUUAAUUAUCCGCGUAACACACCCUGACUCGUUGCAAGAUGCGAUCGACACCGACGGACGAUCGAUAUACACAAAUACACACACACACACAUACACAUAUACACAUACUAUUUUGCGUCCUCGAACCUUGUGUCUUUCAAUCAUACAAUCGAAAUAAUCGCUUCUUAGAGUUAUUUGUUAUCGUCCUCUACCUCUGAAACUCGUUCACUCGUUCCUAUCACACCUUUCGUGCUCCGGACACGCUAAAUCUCGGACUUUUACCGUGUCCUUCUUGCCUUCACCCCUUCCCUUGCUCCACUCGAAUCCCUCGCCGCGUAGAACUCACACCAUCGCACCGUAGGGCAUCCUCCGCUUCUCAGAAGUCCCAACCCUUACGCGUAUUCCCGUGAAUUAACCCCCAUUUAACCGCCAGUAAACCCCACGAGUAAAGUAUGUAAUUAGUUAGCGAUUAUAUCGUUGUUGAACCGGGAGUUUUUCCUUUGUAAAUAUGUAUAUAACGUGUUAUACAUAUGUACACAUGUAUAAGUUACGUCUAAUCGUGGUGAGACGGAAAAACAAAAGAGAAAGAGAGAAACCCCCUCAAAUCUUUCACUUUCCUCCUUUUAAUCUUGCCGCCCUACUUUCCCUCCUCCUCUUCCUCCUCCUCCCCCUCCCCCUCCCCCUCCCCCUCCUUCUCCUCAUCCCCCCUUCUCGAUCGCGAUCGUUUACCUGUAUAAAAUAUUGAGUUUAGCCGCGAUUAAUAUUAUGUAUAUGUUGCUCUAUUUAUUAACAAAAUGAAAAUCUCUCUCUCCUAUAUAUAUAUGUAUCUAUAAUAUAUAUA